AUGACGUGUGUAUCAACUGCCUCUUACUCCUUAAACAUUAAUGGUGAUAUGCAUGGUUAUUUUAGUGGUAAGCGUGGACUUCGCCAGGGAGAUCCGAUGUCUCCUUAUCUGUUUACUCUCAUCAUGGAGGUCUUCUCUUCUAUGCUCCAGAGAGCGGCUCAAUCGAGUUCGUUCAAGUAUCAUGCCCAAUAUGCGAAACAGAAGAUCAUCAACCUCUCGUUCGCUGAUGACUUGUUCAUCUUCGUCCAUGGUGAUAUUGUUUCUAUUCGGAAAGUCAAGGAAGUGCUACAAAGUUUUUCUGCAGUCUCAGGUUUGGUCCCUAAUCCUUCAAAAAGCACCGUUUUCUUUGGGAAUGUUCCUCUUCAGGUUAGACAUGAGAUUCUUCAAGCUAUGCUGUUUCAAGAAGGUUUUAAUCUUCAAUCCUCUGUUAAUUCCCUGGUUGAUGAUCAGGGCCAAUGGAGGUGGCCGCAAGCUUGGCUUAAUCUCUUUCUAGUAUUAAUUAAUACUGAAACUCCCGUUUUGACGCAUCAAAUGGAAGAUAACCUGAUAUGGAAAGAUUUAGAGGGUAAUCAGCGGCAAUUCGGCUCGAAAGAAGUUUGGAAUAAUAUUCGGAAUCGUAACACUAUAGUUAACUGGGCAAAUCUUAUUUGGUUCGCGCAAUGUAUCCCCCGACAUUCAUUCCAUAUGUGGCUCGUAAUAUUGAAUAAGUUAAGUACCCAGGACCGGUUACGGGCUUGGGAGGUGGGAAGUGAAACAAAUCGUCGGUUAAUGUGCUAUCCGCUUUGUAAGUAUGAUCGAGACUCAAGGGAUCAUUUCUUUUUCCAAUGUUCUUUUACGGCUCAAGUGUGGAACAAUGUGGAAGUUAUAGUUGAUAUGAGUAAUGUCAAUGACUCAUGGGACUCCGUUAUGGACUGGAUGAUUCAUCAUGCUAGCACUAAGAAGAUCGAGCACAUUAUUUGCAAGAUGGUAGUUGCUGCUUCAACGUAUUUCAUUUGGCAAGAAAGAAAUGCUCGUCUUUUUACUCCAAAUCAAAGCAGUGUUUCUAUGGUAACGGAAAGAAUUCUGAAUGCUGUUAGGUUACGUGUGAUGGGGUUCAAGGCUACUGGGGAUGCUAACUUUACAACGCUGACGAGGAAAUGGAAGAUUCCUAUGCUUGAAGACGACAAUGGCCCGGGCUAG